UGAUGCUCUUUCUGCAGCUUGCAUAUUUCAAGAUGGGCCAUGAAAUAUUAACUGAUGAAGUUGGGAAGUUCUUGACAAUGCUAAAUGUUGAAAUUCAAAAAGUGAGGAGUGAGUAUGAACAGCUAUCAAAGAGCCAGAAAUCAAUUGCUGCAUAUUUGGAACAGCAAUCAGCUCAGAUAUGUAUACCUGAUCCAGACCCAUCAGAUCCAUUUGUUGAGUAUCAGCCAGCCAAUCUCCAGUUGCAGAGUAAAUCAGGAUACCUAAUGUACAGACAACAAGGAUCAAAAUGGGAGAGGAUAUAUUUCUAUACAAAAGAACACUUGCUUUACUGGCAGCAUCUGAACAGAGCUGCUGAGAUAUUAUUGGACUUGACAGCAGCUGGGGUGGAUGCUUCAUCAACUGAUAUUGAUGACAGACGAUACGCAUUUCAAAUAAUAACAGUACAACAAACUCAACAGGGAGGAGGAAUGAGAAAAGCACUUUACUUUCAAGCUGAAAGUGCAAAGUCAAGAGAUGAAUGGAUUGCUACUUUUAUUAAUAUUGUAAAUGCUAAGAGGAAGCAAAUGCAAUCUGAGGCUGUAGGAAACCUGCUAGAAAUUGACACAAGAGAAAGAACAGAUUCGGAUCUAGUUAGAAUUGAGAGGGAAAGAGUUAAAACAUUCGUCCAAUCUCAUUCAAGCUCGACACUGCCCAAGUACCCAUCAAUACCGCAAUCAUCUCCAACAAAGCAGUUAGCCCCGCCUCCUUUACCACCGAGACCACACCCACAAAAACAACAAAAGAGAGCACGCCCACCACCUCCACCACCGUUUGGGAGAGGCAGAAAGCAAUCAGUACAAAAGCUAUUGGAAAUCGCUGAUGACACACAAGCAAUGGAUGAGGCUGCAGUGGCCUCAGGCUACAGAAAAUCAUUUACAGUAAGAUACUUGGGAUCUCUUGAAGUUGAUAAAAACCAAGGUGUUAGGGUAGUGAAAGAGACUAUUAGAAGGAUAGUUGCAGCAAGAGCAUUGAAGAAUAUAAUGGCAGCAUACUAUGUUAAUAUAAAUAUAACACACAGAGGGAUUAGUUUGACAGAGAUUAAAAGUGGUCAAGUCAAUCAUGUUUUCAAAAUGAAGGACAUUUCAUACUGUGCAUGCCAUCCGGAUAAUAACAAGUUGUUUGGAUUUAUUGUACGUGAAUGGGACAACGGAAAGUACAAGUUCAUUUGUUACGUAUUUGAGAGUGACAGGUCUGGAAAAGAAGUUUACCAGGCAAUCAUUGAUGCAAUUAAAUAUGCCGUUAACAUGAUAAUGGGCAAUGAAUCAAUUAGCAGUACAACCGAAGCUCCUCCCCUUCCCCCACCCACUCAAGAAUACUACGCAGCACAAGACGAAGGAGAGUAUGAAGAUAUGACAGGGUUUGCUAUACAAUCAGAGUACCAUGCAAGGACGUCAUCAGGGCUUUUCUCUCCCCCUCCCCCUCCCUCCCCAUUGACAGGAGAGGGGGAGAAGUGGCAAGGAGGGAGAGAAAGAGGGGGAAUGCCCAAAUCGCAAAGCACUGGGUCUUUUAGAAGCUCCUUAGAAACGCAAUUAAUGAAUCUACCAACAGAAACAUUAACAGAGGAUACGGAACAAGAUCAGCAAGAUAUGUUAAUGGAUUUCACAACACCUCAAGCCACACCCUCAUUUUUACAAGCCACACCCACUGAAAGUUCGGUACAAGAAGGCUAUGCUAUCAUAGAUCACACAACACCAAGUAACGUUCUAAAAAAUGAAGCCACACCUAUCAUACAAGAUGAAACCACACCCACUAUACAAGUAGAAACCACACCCACUAUACAAGAUGGCCGUCCUGAAGACACGCCUCAAUCAAUGCCAAUAUAUGCUACAGUUAAAAAGGUCGCCACACCCCCCAGCACACCUAUAUACGAGACUCCUACUUUGCCUUCUGAAGAUACAGCUUCAAUGAUGACAGAGCGACACCAGAUCGACGAUGAUUUCGAUGCUUUGCUUGACUUAGAGAGAGCAACGGAAUCAGCUCAGAACGCCACACAACUUUUAUAAAAAAUAAUAUUGCUACACAAAGCUGCAAAUUUUAUUUACUUUUUUAU